AUGAAUGCAGAUGAAACUCAGUUGUGCCAAGGGAAAAGAAAACUUGGAUGCUCAGAUGAAGAGAAACAAAAUGUCGAGCUAUAUAUUCCGGCGGAGAUUUACUUUAAGCAUUUCUUAAAGUUACCCGUGAAGUCUCUAUUAGCUUGUAAGUGUGUUUGCAAGACAUGGCAUGCUCUAAUAUCUAACCCUGAUUUUGUUAAGAAGCAACUUGAUCUUACUAUCCAAAGGAACAAACCUCAUCUCAUGCUUCAUGGGUUCAAGUUCGACUAUAGAGGUAAGCACCGUAACGUAUUCUACUCCAUAGAUCAUGAUUCGUUAGAGUUGUUAUUGUCCAAGGAUAGAUUUCGUGAAUAUGCAGUGCAAAUUGAUUACCCAUUCAAAUCCUUAGGUUAUUCGGUCGAACUUAUGGGUACUUGUGAUGGUCUUGUUUGCCUAUGGUUCAAUGCUAAACGUAAACGUUUCUUCUGUAUUUGGAAUCCAGCUACAAGAGAGUAUAAGGUAUUACCAAAAUCAAAUAAUAAACAUCCAAAUGAAAACAAUAAAUAUCGUGUCGGUAUGGCCGCAUUUGGUUAUAAUUACAAGAGUAAUGAUUACAAACUAAUAGCUGGUUUUUAUGAUGGUUUAUUCGAAGUCUACUCGCUACGAUCAAAUUCAUGGAAAACUAUUCGAUACUUAUCUUUUGAAUUACCGUAUGAGUUCAAUAUUAGUGAACCAUCCGGGGUGCUUGUUAAUGGAGUUCAUCAUUGGUUAGCCCGAAAUCAAGAAUCUCAUGAUAUCGUUAUAGUAUCUCUAGAUAUCACCAACAAGAAAUUCUAUGAACUGAAUUUACCAAAGGAACCUCUGGAAAAAGACCUGGAGUUUCGUAAUUUGGGGGUUUUGGAAGGGUGCCUUUGUUUAUUCGUAGUGAAUAUUGGUUGUGUUGAAGUAUGGGUGAUGCAGGAUUAUGGAGUUCAAGAAUCUUGGACUAAACGUUAUAUUACAAAUGAUGAAACAAUCGUAAAAGAGUAUAUGAGCCUUAUGUGGUCUUUUAAGAGUGGUGAGAUUCUCUUAGGGGGUGCUUCUAUUGGUCUGAAUUUAUAUUACCCUGAAAAUGACAUGCGUGCAAAACCAAACAUUAAUUCUAGAUCGACAUACUUGUACAAGGGAGUGUGUUACUCUCAAAGCUUAGUUUCACUCGCGUCUGGAACUUACGUAGGGAGAGAAGAACCAAUAGAGAAAUCAGAUGCUGGGGUUUUAGGAAAGAGAGGCAAAACUACAAGAAAUUGA